UUACCACCACCCGGACUCAUCGACACUGACGAUGCUUUUUCUUUCGGCCGAUCUUUUUCCCUCUGUCUUCUUCUGAACCUCCUGUGUACCGGACUACACGAAAUACGUGCUAUUCGGACCCGCACGAGUAACCGUAUGAUUUCCCUCCAACCAACCGAGCGGUUUGAACUCGAAAAGAGGAUUGCCCGCUCGCUGCGCACUGACUUUCUGCGCACCUCCUUCAAAUUCCUCCUAGGUACCAAUUUUACAAACAUCUUGGAGUAUCCGGAGAACGACCUGCAUUCUAAUGUUAGAAAGUAUUCUUUUAAUAUAUCAUGUCUUUUAUUGAUAAAAUUGUAGCGAUAAAAGUUCGCGACAGCUUCACAACUGCUCAGAUGCGUUGGAAAUUUUGCUGUUGAUUAUAAAUUUAUAUAUAAAAUCUCUUUUAAUUAUUAUAAAAAUCUUUUAUAUAAUUAAUUAUAUUUUAUAUUUUAACAUGUUCUUUAUUUUUAACAGGUCACAUUUUGAUAAAAAAAAUGUAGGAGUAGCACAUACCUGCCUACGUCUUUCACUUUUUAUGUCACAUCACUGUCACGGUCGUCGUCCAACGACCGUUCACACGUGGCCGUCACCUUGAAAAGGAGUGGCUGAACUAAGCCAAGAGUAGUUGGAACGCAUUGCUUCACAAUUUUCCAAUGAAAUUCUCGAUAUCACGCUCACACACUUUUAUAAUCCUCAUUCAAGAAAUAUUUUAUUAUAUGUUUGGAAUCCACUUGUGAAUAGUAUGUAGAAACGUUUUUUUAAACUACUUUUCCCGAUAUAGCUUAUUCUUUCAGAUACUGUCGCGUCAAUCCUUUAAACAUCAGCUGGCACUUACAUGCGCAAUGUUGCCGCAAAUAGUCGUUCUUAACGAAUGAUGUACUGCGCUUCCAGCUAUCUUAGCAACAGCUGACUGACCUCAUAACGAGAUAUUACAAGGAAUAUUACGCUUCAUAAAAUUCAUUAACGGUCUGGCGCCAGUAAGUAGCUCAUAGAAAAGUGGUCGAUGAUCGACGUGGUUUACCUCGAUAUACUUGUUGCAAAGUAGCCAGGUAUCUCUUUAUCUACAGCUAGUUACAUUAUUUCAAUAUAAUCUUUAAAUAAUAUAUAAAAUUUAAAAAAUAUGUAAAAUUAUUAUAAAGAAAUUGUAGUGUAAAAAAAAGUUUUUAUAUAUCCUUCCUUGUAGUGUAAAAAAAAUGCAUAAAUACUAAUAAUGCAUGGAAAUAUCUGAUGGCAAAAUUGCCAACGAGAAUAGAAUCGCACGAAACGAUGGCAAGAUAGUAAAGUUGCAUUAAACGUUGUGGAUGCACCGUAAGCAAGGCAGAGUAAAGAAAGGCAAUACAGGUUUAUUGCAUCGUCUUUGCGCAGUGAAUCCAGUACGGAAGGAGCGAAGAGAAGGAAGAAGUAGGGAGCAUCGUGCCGACCAUCUUGGAAAAUAAAAUUUACUAUAAAAAUGCAUUACUCUCCGCUCCCCACCAUAGAGAAUGCCCCUUCUUCCUAGCCAUUCCUACGAGUCUCGAUUCCUUCAAGGACUAAAAAUUCGACCCUUUACACCGGCGCGAGCAGAGAGCGCGCGAGCAAGACUGUAUUAAAUACGAAACCUGAUCUGUGAUCUUUAUUUAUGCAACAUCGCGUUCAGAUCUAUACGGAUUAUUAUUUUCUUUGUUUCUUUCAAUUUUCUUUAAGAAUUAUGUUGCUGGUCAUCCAUCGCUAAUUAAUUUAUUUUUACGUCGUAAUCAUCAUAAUCAUGAUUUUUUAAACCUUUUUAAGAAACACCUGUUUUCUUGCAAUCUUUUAUCGUUAACAGUAAUUAAAAUAUAUGGACGAGACAAGAUAUGUUAAAAACGAUGUUUCUUUUCUUAAUUAUAAGCUAUUAUUAUUAUUAGCCAUAAUUUUCUCUUAAUGGCAAAUGAUAGCUUAUAAUCAAUAUCAUCAAUAUCAUUAUAUAAAUUUUUAUAAAAACAACGUGUAAGAAAUUUAUAGGAGAUGCCAGAAAAAUAUUUAAUUACAAUUUAGAUUUUUAUUUUAGAUUUUAUAUCUUGAUAUGCCCGAUGGCGUGUAUACAGAUUAAUCUUUGUACUGUAAAAAUAUAUAUGCUAUGUACUUAGCUAAGUUUAUGGCGUUUCUCAUUCUUUUCUCCUCAUGUAUUGCUCCUUGUAUUAAAAGUAUUCGUAAACCUAUAAUUGCCAAAUAAUCUGAGGUGAAAAAAAUUUCCUCAGUUUUGCGACAAGUAACUCAUAACAUAAACAUGAUAAUACUGGAACGAUACGAUCAAUUUGCACGAUUAAUUGCGUUAAGGAAAUCGCAUGUCGGAAUAAAUCGAGCCAUCGAUGCACCUGAUGUCAUUGCCAUUUCCGCGCAGGAAACGUAACCGGUCGGACACUCGUUAGCUAAGCUCGUUAUCUCGCAACCCCGAAGUAGGCGCGUAGAGGGGCACCGCAAAAAUGGAAAUGCCAAGCUGUUAUUCAUCUACAGGUUCGCUUCUUCGUCCGUGAAGCUGCCCGUGCUGGCUGCAGUCGGCGUGCUUUAGGCGAUGGUAUGUGUAUCACCAUGCGUGUGCCAUGGCUGACCAUAGGCCGACUCAGAAGUAGCCGAGACAUUCGCCUCUCGACCGCGACCAUGAGAGCACUCAACUCUCGACGCCCACGGUCAACAACGAGCAUCCACCGGCUCGUGCUUCUCUGUUUCUUCCUUCUGCUUUGCGUCCUUCACGCACGAGCGCGAAGUGUGGCUCACGAUGACGGCAGCGUCAUCGCGGACCAAGUGCACGGCAAGAGUUCGGAACCGACGGAGGUGAGUGACUCCAAUCCCGAUGCCGUAAACGAGGAGAUUCAAACGCAAAGCUUGGCGGAACAAGAUAGAGGCGAAGACGUUAGUCAUUAUGAAGAAAGGAAGGAUCCAGUGGAAGACAUUGUCGAAAAUCCUGAAAAGAUCCAGGCCGAUGCUAUUGGCGAUGAAAGCAGUGUGGCAAAAAAGAGGCGACGAAAUGACGUGAAUCUUUCCGGUAAGCCCGUGCAGGACGGUGAGAACGUCGCACAAAAUGUCCAGCAGAACGCGCAGAAAAAUGAAGGUAUUCGACGAUUUGACGCUCAGAUCGAGUCCGACGACACUGAGGAACCGGGCCAGCGAAAGAUAUUGGAAAGUAUCACAGAGGAUAGCCCGGAUUCGCAAGAAGAUACUAUCGAAAUUAAUGUCGAGCAAUUGCACGCGGAUGUAAAAAACGUGGAUGUGAAUAAGAACGAAGACAGGGGGAAGCCGGAAGGAGAAAAGCAUGCAGAUACUUCCUUGAAUCUUGAAGCGAAUCCGAAGGAAUCUAGCUUAAAACAGACGGAGAAAGUAGAUUUAAAUAAAGAAGAAACGGAGCAGAUCGAGAACUUGGCGGAACAUAAUUUGGAUGAAACACAAAUAAAGAAUACCGAGGGCGUGAAAGAGGACGUGCAUAAUGAGCUUCGUAGCUUGCAACUUGCUCAAGCGGAAGAAGCUGAAAAAAAUCUAGAGGAACACCGCGCCGAAGAGGACAAUGAAGAAAUCGGUGACAAAGAUCUGGACUUGAACAGAGAGAAUAGAGCCAGUGUUCCAGGUAAGUCCAAAUACAAGAGUUCGACUGUCUAUUUGAAUGCUGAAGAAGGUAAUUUGCCUGCUCGCGAGCAAGAGUCGAUUGUAGACGGUCAAAUAAAAAAAUUGAUAUCUAUACGAAAUGACGCUCUUGAAUCCGUUGGUAAUGACGCGAAACAGUUGGAAAAAUUUAAUGAAGGAAGUCUUCUUUCAGAGAAAUCGGUUGAGGUUGACGAGGUUGCUGUUGAAGAGAUUCGUAAGCGUAGCAGCGAUAUAAAAGCGACAUCAAGUCAGAGUGAGAAUCUCGAUCAAUCAUUUUCGACAACGGAAGCCGAUUUAAACCGCUUUCAAAAGUGGAAAAAUCAAGCCGCGUUUCUUCAGGAGCAGAUUAAGAACAGGACGUUCCUUCAGUAUGUGAGAGAACAGGCAGUCGAGGUGCUUCCUGACAUUCCGAAAUUCACGGAAAUUCAACUGCUGAAUACUUUAAAAAAUAUUGUUCUAACGCGGAAAUCACCUACGAACGAAACAUACUCGGCUAGCUUGAACACGACUGAAUUGACCGAGAACCAAUUGGAAAUAAUAAAGUGCGCCGAGCAACUGGUACAGAUCAAGCAGCGGCAGUCAUUUGUGGAGAACAUAGGGGAAUGCAUUCGUGGUCUCAGUGCCUUGAAUUGCAUACGCAUCUUUGUCUGGCCCGUCGUGCUCGAUAAUCUUCCGGAAACAGUUAAGCAGGCUCUGGAUAAUUUUCCGAUCGAGGUAAAUUUGAUCGACCUGUUUCAGGGUAAUAGGGCCAAGUCCGCGAGGUCGGAGAGCAACGUUCAUCACCCGAGACUGCUGACGCCCGAAUUUGUUGUCUUCAACAUUUUGAAAGGCGCUUUGGAAUCGAAAGUCACCUACGAUUUGGCACCGACCUUUAUCGAUCCAACAAACGAGACUUUGAGGACACUGCUCACCGUCGGCCAGCUCCAGAUCCUGCAGAUGGCUGAGAAACUUCUACCUGGUGAGAGACGUCGCGAAUAUUCCGACAGGAUGUUCUCGUGCGUACGCAGGUUUGAGUAUUUUAGCUGCGUCAAGUACUUCGCCUGGCCGAUGGUGAAGCAGCAUUAUCCGACACUGCCAGCUUUUCCGGAUUAUCCGAGUUGGUAUCCAUCGAUAGCGUUAUACCCGCAGUAUCCUAUCGUUCCCUUUCCUAGUUUCGCGGGCGAACUUCCGGAAGUUAUUGAAGCCGACGCCACGAGAAUGCGAAAACCUAAGCCAGAAGCGGUGAUCGUGAACAUCCUUGAGAAUACCUUGAAGGAGUACGCGAAGGAGCAAAUACCGUUUCCACCUGUCGCUCAUAGCACAGAUUCUUACAUCGCUGCACUUCCUCCGGAGCAAUUACUGUCGAUCUACAUGGCCGAACAGCUACUUCCUGUUCCGUAUCGUCCAGAAUUCGUUCAAAAGACUGUUAAGUGCAUUCAAGAAUUUAAUUAUGUGACCUGUAUCAAAUAUUCUACCUGGCCGACGGUCAAGCAAUUUAAUCCUGCUCUACCAGAUAUUUCCGAUUGGCUACCGGAUUGGCAGUUACCCGAUGUAUUUAGUUUUUUCCCGGGUUUUCAGCUUCCUGAUUUUUCCUCAUUUUUACCGAUUUUCGGAGGAAAUCAACCGACUACACCGACUCCACCGGCAACUGAAAUACCACCGGAAUCUGGUUCUUCGGAAGAAUCGACUCCCGCUCGUCUUCCCAUAUUACUAUCUCGCCAAAGUGAAGUUUCUUCCAAAGUAUCGAACGAAUUAGAAAACAAAAUUACAGAGAUUUUAACAAAGACAUGUAAAUCCCUGAAAGUGACACCGAAAAAUUCUCAGUUGGUCGUCGGCGAAAAUGUGAUUGUUUUGACAACUAUAACCGAGAAACAACUUAAUAUAUUGCGAUUGGCGGAGAGCAUGGUACCACCUCCAGCUCGGGCUCCUCUAGUCGCUCAAGUUAUGUCUUGUCUCCAAGCAAACAACGAUUUUCUCAACUGUACCAGAUACAUCAUUUGGCCUACGGUUGCUCUUUACGUUCCUAAUUUCCCUGAAUUUCCUAACAUAUCAUUACCUAUUCAACAACCAGAAAAACAAGAAGAUAAAAUAUUGAAAGAUAAGAAUGCUUCGGACCAGAUUACUAAGAAUCAACAGGAGUGGAAUAAAUCGCAAACAAAUCCCAACGUAAAAAUUAUUUCCAGGACGAAAUUUCCACAAAAUAACAGUCCUGUGAUUAGCGUUACUGGUGCUCGAUUCGUGCCGAUAUUUACAGAACAUCCCGAAUCGGUGAUACUCAAUAUUCUCAAAACGAUUCAGCUGUCUUCACCAAAUGUGCGAGAUGAUCAGAGUGUCAAAAUCACCAGCACGCAACAAUUCGGAAAUCUGCUUAAUGAUCAGCAAUUGAAUAUUCUUAAGAUAACAGAAAGUUUACUACCUGAUGCUGCUCGUCCGACUUUUGUCAAUCGAAUGAUAGACUGUGUUCGCAAGGGCAACUUUCUGGGAUGCUCAAGAAAUGUGCUGUGGCCGAGUUUGUCGGAAUAUUUCCCUAGACUGCCCAGCUUCCCAAAUUUCGGAGGACAUCCUCAAGUGGCAAAUAGUAAGUCUACUUUACCUCAAAAUUUGACUGAUCCAUCACCAUUAUCGGAGACUGACGUUAAGAUCGGCCAACACGGAGACGCUACUGUUACCAUCACAGACACUAGAUUUUAUCCGAUUUUUUCCGAAUCUCCGGAAGGUAUAAUUUUAAGAAUUCUUAAGGGCGUGCAGUAUUCUACUCCAAGUGUUCUAACUUCUACGGUUACUUCAAAAUCGCCGCAAAUUUUAGCUUCUUUCACAGAACAACAAGGUAAUAUCGUUCAAGUCGCAGAAAGCCUGUUACCAGAAUCAAUAAGACCAGUCUUCGUGGAAAGGAUGGUUACUUGUGUUCGAGAGAGCACGUUUCUCGAAUGUACGAGGAAUAUAGCUUGGCCAACUAUUGCCCAGUUCUUCCCGAGACUGCCAAACUUUCCUAAUUUUGGAAUUUAUCAGACACUGCCAAGGACAAAAGUUGACUUAUCAUCAAUUUUACUGAAUAAUGCUUAUUCCGAUAACCAGACGUCUAAUGGAAAGAAUGAAAAUGCGCCGAAGAUCGCCACAGAAACGAUUGAGGAUAAAAUUGAGAGUGCAUUGAAGAAUCUGCUAAACUCGUCGCCGCGCUUGGAAAAUUCUUACUUAGAUAUUAAUAAUCCUGUGAUAGGUUCUCUUCUGACUGCUCGGGAAAUGAACAUUGUCAGAUUAGCGGAAAGAGCGAUACCGGAUUCAAUACGUUACGAAUAUAUAACUAACAUGCUGGAAUGCGCGAGAAGCAAUAAUUUUGUCACCUGCUCUCAACACGUCACUUGGCCGACUUUGAAGCAAUUUUCGCCGACUCUACCAAACUUCGAGGAAUUACUUGGUCAGUUUCCAAUACCCGGUGCAAGCCAGAUUCCUGGUAUCAGUCAGAUUCCUGGUAUAAGUCAGAUUCCUGGUAUCAGUCAGAUUCCUGGUAUCAGUCAGAUUCCUGGUAUCAGCCAAAUUCCUGGUAUCAGCCAGAUUCCUGGCGCGGGUCAAAUUCCUGGCGUGGGUCAAAUUCCUGGCGCGGGUCAGAUUCCUGGCGGGGGUCAGAUUCCUGGUACAGGGCAACUUCCUGGACAGAUCCCAAGUAUUCCUGGAUUUGGAAAUCCUUUUGCUGGAGCCCCCAGCCUACCACAAUUUCCUAUUCCUCAAAUCCCUAUGUUACCAGGCGGAAUUCAAAGUGGCAUUCCUCAGUUUCCAGGAUUGCCUAGCUUUGGCCUAAAUUAUCCGCAAUUUGAAAUCUUGUCGGAUGCGCCACAGAAGCCGAAAUUGCAAGAGCCGACAUCGCAGGAAUCGAAACCACAGGAACAGGCGGUUCCAUCAAGAGUCGCGCAAGCAGUGGAGCAGGUGAAUCAGAUAAGACCAGGAGAAUCGAGGGCUUCGAACACUCCGUCAGUAGACGAGCAAAGAGUCGUUCCCGGAUAUCUUGGACAACCGUCAAACAUUCUCAUAGAUAUUUCCAAGGAGAAAGUCCAAUUGUCUGAACACAAACUACAGCGAAGACCAUUGCCGGAGUCUAUUUUCUCGGGUACAUCAUCGAAGAAACACGAAAGGAGACGAAGAAGUACUAAUCAAUUAUUAAAUUCUUACCAUGAAACGGAGGGAGAAAAUGAAUGGAUUUCGGAAACGACAAUGGACAGCACGUUCCCGAACAUCACGGAAUCCGACCUUCUUCAGCUUCUAGUUAAUAUUUCGAAAUCUAAGAUAAGUUUGGAAAAGGAACCCGAGGAGAAUUCAAAGCAAUACUUCGUGGAUACGUUAAAUUCUACAAUCAAGAAUUCUCUAACUGCCGAUCAAUACGAGAUCUUGAAACAAGUGGAAGAUUUGAAUCAGCAUACUGCAAAUCGUGAUUUUCUGUCGCAGGUAGUUCAAUGCGUACUUAGCCUUAGCUUUAUCAGAUGCAUGGGCAUUUUUAUCUGGCCAGUAAUCACUGGCAUUGUGCCAUCAUUAAUUGGUUUUGCCACAUCUUCUCUCGGUAUCGGAAGAUCAAUGGAAACUGAAGUACAAUAUUUCUUUGGUAUGUCCACGAGCGAUUUCGAGAAAGAAAUGCUGACGAAGAAGGAAUCCAUAGAAAACAUUCUCCUGGACUGGUACAAGAUAGCGAGGGAAGACAAAUUUCAGGUAGAUCUGAGUUUCCUAAAGCUCAGAGGCUACGGAAAUGGCGAGGUCGGCAUUAGCUUUGGUGGAUUUCGUAAGGGUAGAGCUACGAAGAUUAAAGAUAAUAAAAAUUUACCAAGUAUCCUGACGAUUAUCAGCGACAUCAUGGAAGAAGUAUUGGAUCAACGGCCAGACAAUGAAAAACUCAAAAAGGAAAAGGAGAAGAGAGAGAAAAGCUUGGACGAUGUGCAAGAAACAAACUUUCAGCUUUUGCAAGAGAGCGACGAGUAUGCAGAUAUUAAGCGAUCCAUGAACGAUGAUCAGAUAAUUACUAUGUUUCUGGAUAAAAUCAAGGCCAAUGCGACGGAUUUCGCCGAUGGUGAUGUCGCUCAGUUCCUCAACAUGGAGAACGCUUACAACGCCUUCAGCGUACUCUUUGGGCCCCGUUUGAACGAAAAGUUUGCCAGCAGAUUAAAGACCUUUACCGAUGAACAUUUGAAGAAAGAUAAUCCCGAGAAGCAAAUAAACAAUCUUAAUGCGGAGGAAUUAAAGAUAAUACCUUUGAAGGAAGAAAUGACUUACGAGCUUGAAAAAAAAUCUACGGAAAGUGAGGGGGACCGCAAAAAGGAACACCGUGCAAAGAACGAAUUCAGAUCUCUGUUGGACGAGUAUUCAGAAAAGUUAGGAAAGAAAUUGGAAAUUUCUACGGAGAAAAUCGAAAAUUUAGAUAAUGGGAUCAAGGAUACCGAAUCAUCCUUCGAUAAAUCGUCCGACGACAAAAGUACAUGCUCGGAGCUGAGAAUUCAGUUGCCACGUUUGCGAGAAGACAUCAUGUCCAGAAAAAUGACAAGCGCGAUGAUACAUUUCGGAAGAACGAUGAAAACAAAGAUGAGCCAUUUGAUGCCUGGAAUCGGUUUCGUAAUAUCUUUCAUCAUUCAAAUGGCCUUGGCUCACGCGAGAGCGACUGCUACCAUGGCUAGUAUGAUCAGCAAUAUGGCACUUGCGUCGGCCAUGAUGGGUAUGCUCCGACAAAGUAUAUUGGGGUCGGACAAUCCGCAGAUUAAAUAUGUGAACGACAAUUAUAAAACGGGUCCGGGAAUUACUUGGCCACAUCACCAUAGGUCGUAUUAUCAUCAUGAAAAAUAGUACUUUGAUUCGCCUACUGAUCAAGUCUACUAAUUAUUCUCGAUGUAUACUGUAUUAAAAUCCUAAACGUCUCGUUAAGAGCUUUAUGUCUCUGUCGUUACAGACUUUCUUUGAAGUCUGAAACAAAUCAGAUUAUAUAAUGGAUUAGCUUUAAUUUUUUUUAUAUUAAUAUACCGUCGUGGUUGCGUUCAUAAAAUGUAAUUUUGAGAUAAUUAAGACAGAAAGAACGGUUUUGCUGAAAAUUUAGCUGUGAAGACAGUUCUGAAAGUAAAAUUAGGCCAUAAUUGUGUUAGACCAUAAAAUAAUUAUGUAGGACUUUCAAAUUGCUUGUUAGAAUGUUAAAACAUUUCUCAACACUGCUAAUAAUGUUUAAACAUAUUUCAUAAUUAUUUUAAUGAUCCAACAAAAUAAUUUUCAGAUAUGUAUCUAAUUAAAUUUUUACAUAUUUCAACAAAAUCGUUCUUUCGGUAUACGUUUUUUAUGCUUAAUAGUUGUUUGUAUCAAAAAAUUCCAUUACUUCCUGAAAAGGUAAAGUUAAUCGAAAAGUUAGAUAAUAAUUUCUAUGGAUGCGUCCACAUUUGUUUCUUAUAAUAUGUUCUACUUAUAUAUUUUAGUAACACAAAAUUCCAAUAGAGUAUAUUUUCAAAAGUUAGAAUAGAUAAUAUAUAUUUAGAAUCUGAAGAAACGGCAUUUUCGUAGAUGGUUAUGGAAACAAUCCCUCGCAAUUUAAUCAUAAAAUAUGCGCCAUUUCGCAAGAAAUAUUUAUUUCAUUGUCAUGGGGAUUUUACGGUGGUGGGUAACAUUUUUUUCAUAUUUCCUUUAAUAUUAUCUAUAUGUAACAAUUAUGGCAUUAAAAAUUUUACACCAUACAGUCGUACUGAAUAUUGAACUGCAUAGAUUUUAAGACUGACAUACUCUUUAAUUAUAUCUUAUUAAAAAUAAAUGAAUUCUAUCUA